CGAAAAAAGCAGAUUUGCCGCGAGUCUCGCGCUUCUUCGCCGGCUGCCAUGGACAUAACAGAAGCGACACUCCAGCCUUUUUUCUCCUCAAAAAGGGAGAUUUCUCUCUCGGAGGACGAGACUGCAGAUCUCUUCUUUGCUUGACCAAGACUUUUCUUCAGUUAUGAAAACGAAACGAAACGCAGUGUGUGCCUUCUCUGCGAAGGAGAGAGAACAAACGUUCGUCCGCAAAGUGUGCGCCACGAGAGAGAAUUUGCGUGAUCUCUGUGUGACAUUUUUAGCUCGGUCGACUACAUUCUACCACAGACAGGCUCGCUCCAACUUCUCUCUCUUCUCCUCCCUCUUCUUCUCUUUCUUCUCCUCUCUCUUCUCCUUUCUCUUCUUCUCUUUCUUCUCCUCUUUCUUCUCCUUUCUCUUCUUCUCUUUCUUCUUCUCUUUCUUCUCCUCUCUCUUCUCCUCUCUUUUCUCCUCUCUUUUCUCCUCUCUCUUCUCCUCUCUCUUCUGCUCCCUCUUCUUCUCUCUCCUCUUCUCUCUCUUGUCCUCCCUCUUCUUCUGUCUCUUGUCCUCCCUCUUCUUCUGUCUCUUCUCCUCUCUGUUCUCGUCUCUUUGUUUUACAAACGGUUCUUCUGGACGCCGCGCAGCCAUGGAAGCCGGCAUGAGAGAAAUCCUGUCUCUGUACUUCCCCGAAGAAGGCGUACAAAAUGCUGACCUACAGGCGUACGUGGAGGAGUGGAAGACCUUCUUGUACGAACACAGACGAACGCUCCUCAAGCAUGUCCACCCGUCGACUCUGGAGGUUUUCUUGAGUUACCGGGAGCUCCUGGCGCGCAGUCCGCCGCCGUCUGCGGAGGCUUGUGCGGCGACGCUUCGCUCUUCGCCGCAAGGUGCGUUGGACGCGAUCGCGUGUGGGGUGCAUUUGGCAGUGCUUUGCGCGCGAGGAGACCCAAGGCCUUCUGGGCCAGCUCCGUCGCAGAGGGCGUCUAGCGUCUGCUCCUCGCUGGUCCUCGGAGACACUCUGUUCGGAGACAGGUGCGAGGACUCUUCUGGCGGUGACAUUGUCGUCGGAGGAGGAAGCGAAGCAGAUGGAGCCUCAGAGCCGCGGCGACAAGCCCCCCAGAGACGCGUCUUCAUUCGUCUCCUCGGAUUCGGUCCGCUGACAUCUCUGUCAGUUCUCCGCAGCAGACAGGUAGGCAGUCUCGUGGCUGUUCGCGGAAGCGUUCUUCGGAUGUACGAACCUCGACCGUUGGUGACGAAAUUACCUUUUCUCUGUGCUCGCUGCGGAGCUCGCAUUGUGCGCAAAUGCCCAGAGGGGAAAGUGACCUUCCCUGGUCCAUGUCCGACGCCUCGGUGCACAAGUCGGCACUUCCUCCCGCAGCGGCGAGCCGCAGAAACCGUCGACUGGCAGAAAUUUUCUCUGCAGUCCGAAGAUGGACGCGUCGUUCUGAACGGCUGCAAGGAAAUGCCAAGCGCCGCCUCUGCCCUCUCGAGUGGAGAGGCGGCACAGGCCGAGGGCGACUCCCGGAGUUCGGCUCGAGAGAGAAACGGAGAUCAUCCAGAGCCGGAAGAGAAAGCAGCAAACGAAGUCCGGCGUCCGCCGUCGGUCGACUGCGAGGUCCGAGGGGCGCUGGUUAACAGUUGUCGACUGGGAGAAAAGGUUGUCGUCGUUGGCAUCGUCCGCGCGUAUCAAACGUGCCUGAGUCCAUGCGGUGGGGCGCCUGUGCCGGAGGCGGCGCGCGCGCGAGCGCCAGGUCCUGGGCGGAGUCUGUACACCCUGUAUCUGGACGUCGUCUCGGUCGCGUCUGCAAAUCCGGAGCAGCAGCGGAACGCCAUGCAGCGCGUCCAGCGGACGCAGCAGGCGAUCUACGGAGGCUUUCCCUCCUCGCUGCUGGCCCUCUGUCUGGACGGCCCUCUGGCGGAUCUGUCAGCCGACGAGAUGCCCUGGAGAGACUUCGCCGUCUCCCAGGAAAGCCGUUCGAGAGGACCGACCAGAGGGAGACGUCGCAACUGGCAACAGUCGGAGAACAGCGAGUUUGCGACUCGCGAAACACGCGAACAAGAAACGCCGCCGCGCGACUUCCAACCGACGCAACGUUCCGGGUGUACGUACACCUCAGAUAUGGAGGAGGGGCGCGCGGCGAGUCCGACAAAGAGCGCGGCUUUGGAGGAGCUGUUUCCUGCGUAUCCAGGAGAUCCCGACUUCGAGGAACUGGACAGUGGAGUCGCCGUGCAACACCUUGAGUUCAUCACGGAGAUCUUCGGCGAGGAACACCGUCUUGAGCUCCUCGCAGCUUCCCUCGCCCCCCACAUUCGCGGCCAUGAAAUCCCCAAGGCUGCGCUGGUGUUGACGCUUCUGGGCGGAGUUGCAGUGUACGGAGACAGCGGAGACAGUGGGGACGCGCUGGGCGACCUGGACCCGACAAACGCGCAGUCGUUUGAAGGCCGCGCAUUGAAGCGACGCGGCAGCAUCCACCUGCUUCUGCUAGGAGAUGCAGGUGUGGGGAAGAGCCGUCUUCUCCGCGCGACGGCGGAAGUUGGGUCGUGUGCAAACGCGCCUCUUUCUGCCUCUGUGCUGCGGUCGCUCGGCCUCCAAACCAGCAGAGGGAGAGCUCCUCGCGAGCUCGAAGAAGAAGGCGAGGACGUCGGACCUGGCGGGAGUGUAUUCGUCUGCGGGAACACGACCUCGGCAGCUGGCCUCACCGCCUCGACUCACCGCGAACAAGGCACUGGCGAAUUCGCUCUUGAAGCUGGGGCGCUGGUUCUCGCAGACGGAGGCAUUUGCUGCGUCGAUGAACUGGACAAGAUGCAUGCAGCGUCGACUUCCGCGGAUGUCUCUGCGCUGUUGGAGGCGAUGGAACACCAAACAGUUUCCGUGGUCAAGGGCGGCUGCUACUGCACGUUGCCUGCGCGCACAGCCAUCGCAGCUGCGGCGAAUCCGAAAGACGGAAGAUUCAUACCUUCGAAGACUCUCUCGGAGAACAUGAAGCUGCCGCACUGUCUGACUUCCCGCUUCGAUUUGAUUCUUUGCCUGCACGACGACGGCGGUCGGGAGUGCGACGCGAGCGUCUCUGCCGCCAAGCGACACCGAAAAGAAGAAAAUGAAGGACCUGCCAGGUCUCGCUCGUCGCCACAGCUUUCGGAAGAACCUGCAGGAAAAGAGAGUGUGUCUCUCGCAGAAAGAAUUAAACGCAUCAAACCUUCAAAGUGGCUUCCGCUGUCGUUGCUGCAAGUGUACCUCGCGUACGCUCGACAGUACGUGCAUCCAGUGAUGACUCCGGAGGCAGGCGAGGCCCUCAAGAGACUUUUUUCUUUUUUGCGGAGGCAGAAAGAGAGCGAGUUUGCUGUCCACGACUCUCUUCCGGUCGGCAUGCGUCAGCUCGAGUCUCUGAUCCGCUUCUGCGAGGCCCGUGCACGCGCGGACUUGGUGGAGGAAGUGACGGAAGAACAUGUGAGAGAUGUAGGAGAACUUUUUCUCCACAGCGCAGCUUUCUCGCGUCUCGCCUUCGCUGCGACGCCUGCUGCCCAGGUCGAGGCUGCUCGCCUGUCUCUCCACCCACCUGGCCAAGAGCAUCUAAACGGAGCCUCUGCAGCCGUCGUUGCUGAAGUCGUAGGAAUUGUGGCAGGAAGCCGAGGCAAAAAGAGAAAGUCGAUCGCCGGAUUGCUGCCCAGCUUGUUGCGGGCGUGCAGCCUCUUCGUCUCCAACAAUCAGGUGCCAGGUUUGACCCAGAAGCAAGUUCUGGAAUGCGCAUCCGUGGUGGCGGCCAGAGCAGACUCGACCGUUUGUCCAGAGGCGUUGGUGGCGUGUGCGAACGAGGCGGGAUAUCUUUUGCGGAAGUCUGAUGGACUCUGGCAAGUUGGCCGCGCCUGCCUUCCCACUGGCUAACUUUCAGGUGACUCCGCUGGACGUCUUGCGAGACAAGGCAUGCAAACCGCGCCUCCGUACUCGGCUGGAAACGGGGCCUUCUCCGGUGUCCAUGCACCUCUUUGACACACACGCACGCGUACGAUCUAGGCACUGGCACGGCUGUAGGCAUGUCGACAGGGAGUGUACCGAAAAAAAUCUUGAUCUUCACUAAGGGACUCUCCUUCCUAAUGCUUGGCUGUAUUGGAUACACGGUGGCCGGAUUCCUGAAGGCUGGCAUAUGUUUACGAUCUGGAAAACCGCUGAUGACGCCGCUGUACACCUCCACCGCGUUGGACCGCUGACGACAGCGAAGAGUGGUGACAUUAAUAUCGUGACGUAGAGAUGGAGAGGUAUCUGGAGCUCGGUAAAAGAUGUGGAGGUUUCUGUGCAUGCAGUCUGGAACUGUAGAGUCUCGCCGCAGUUUAGUGAGACAAGCAAGUCUUCUUCACUGGAACGGGACAGCAAUCGGCUGGGUCAUGCCGCCGUUCGUAAUCGGUUCUGGUACACCGUUGUUUGCCCGCUGGAGAGGGCUGCGGCUCUCUCCGCAAAUGGUUGGGUUUUUCUUCAGGGGGAUUUCGAGUAGAAUCGCCGCCUAAGAUUGUCGAUUUUUCCCGUUUUCGACCGAGUAAGUGGGCGCAUUGGCGCAUUCUGUGCGCGAAUUUCUGGCGUUUCACCGCCGGUGUGUGUGUGUGGGGGGGUUACGCUAUGGCGAGCCUCGAACGUCCCCUUAACACAUCGCGUUUUCGCGAGGUUUAGACCUGGGUUCCAACUUUGCUUGGCAACUUUUUCAAGACGG